AUGAUAAAAAGGCAUCAUCUGCAGACUGUCUUUCAACUACAUGGGGCACCAGAACACACAUUAUUCCAUGUACAUACAGUGAUUCCUCCUCCUGGAAAUGCUUGUAAUUUUAAUUUCCACCAUAUGCCUGAACAUCAUGAUGUUGCAUUAUUCUAUGGGAUGAUGCAGUACAACGGUGUUCAGCAUCAGCAUCCCCAUCCCUCUUCCAAUCUUGAUUUGGCUGUUGGUGCACCAUCUCAUCAUUACAAUCCAUAUAUGGUGCCUCCAUCUGGUAUUAGAGAUUUCCCUAUGCCCAUGAAUUAUGGGGCACAUGAUCAUUUGUCACUCUCAGGCACUCAGGGAAUUGUUGGUAUUCCUACAGACAGUGCUGGGAGGAACAUACCCUACAUGGAUGGUGUCAGAGGUUCAUUCAAGAGAAAGAAUGCUGAGGGGCUUCCUGUAAAUUACCAGUAUCAUAAUGCUUCAGCAGGAUCUAGUUCUUCUGUUGCCCCUACAGCUGCGAGGCCAGUUGGGUCUGAUACUACUAUAACAGAUGCUGCUAGUUUUCUGCCACCUGAGUGUGCAACUAAUGACACCACAUCAAUGAUUGAAAGUGGUUCUCACAGAAGUGUGAGGAACAGACCUGGUAUGAUUGGAUCUGAAUCUAUAGCGGCACAAAACGCUGGUCAUUUGAUUCAAGGAAAUUAUGUCACUCAACCUGUACAUUUGCCUGGCAAUCCUUGGUUGGACAUGCAUUUCAGUGCUAACAAUGAUGAUAAUGGGACUUUCGCCUGGAACCAGGCUCCCAAUUUACCUUAUAUGCAUGCAAAUGUCAAUGGAGGUCUUGAAGCUGGGAAUAUGGGCAUUCAAGGUUAUCAAGUUACAGCCAGCAGCGGAAGUUCUAAUAAUUUUCUUCCACCUCCUAUUCCUCGAGGCCCUCUUAAUCUGAAUCAUCAUCCACAGCCACCCAUGCAAGGGGCGAGAGGAUAUAAUAUCAACUUGCCUUUGCAAGUAGGGACAUCAUCACACAGACUCACUACUAUUAGCUCUUUAAAUAGUGGCAUCAGUCCUUUCCAGGAUGCUGUAGAAGCAGGCCCUACAUUUCUAGCACCUGUUCCACCAACGGGCUUUCGGUUGUACCGGCCUCAUCGAAGGGAAGUCAUGCUCGAUUCAAAUACAAGGCAUCAGAACCUUCCUCAUUUGAGACUUCUACCAGAAGAUGAAGUUGCCAUGCUAGAGAUUCCUGGCUAUCAUGAAGCCAGAGAUACUGUCGAUCAUCUCAGGGAUAUGCGUUUGGAUAUAGAUCACAUGUCAUAUGAGGAGCUUCUUGCAUUAGGGGAACAAAUUGGUAGUGUUGUCACGGGAUUGUCUGAAGAAGCUAUUCGACGUGAUUUGAAAGAAGGAACGUUUGCCUCAUCAGCAACUUGUUCCAAUCUUGAAGGGACAACAUGUGUGGAACAGGAAAUCAAGUUCUGUGUAAUAUGCCAGACUGACUACGAGGAGCAAGAAAUAAUCGGAAUCCUCAACUGUGGGCACAAAUAUCACAGAGAUUGCAUAAAGAAGUGGCUGCUCAUGAAGAACAGCUGUCCCAUCUGCAAAUCCACAGCAUUGGCCAACCAUGUGAGGGAGGAUUUGUAA